AGAGCAGGUUUAGAACCUAAUAUUUUCGCUUCCCCGGCGGGCGGCAAUCUCACCUUAGCCGCCCGUCGAACCUCAACCUAGUCCGCUAAGAUUUUUUUAUACAUACCUCGCCAGAGCAAAACCUCCAAAAGCCCUACCCUUCGCCGCCCACCACCGCCGUUGACGGCGGCGCAACCAGCACUCAUCUUCUUCCAAUCUAACCAAAUCAGAAUCUCUUACAAUGGCUGCGGCGGGAGUGGCUUCUUCGGACGUGACCGAAGGACCAGUUCUCAGAGCAGUGAUCGCAGAGUUCAUAGCCACACUCCUCUUCCUCUAUGUCACUGUCGCCACAGUCAUCGGUCCCAAGAAGCAAACCGGACCAUGCGACGGCGUCGGAAUCCUCGGCAUCGCAUGGUCCUUCGGCGGCAUGAUCUUCGUCUUCGUCUCUCUUGCAGGCAAAAUGAGAGAGAUUCUUCACAUUCAAGGUGGACAAUGCGGAAAUCAGAUCAGAUCAAAAUUUUGGGAAGUUGUUUGUGAUGAACAUGGCAUAGAUCCUACUGGAAGAUAUGUUGGAACUUCAGAUUUGCAGCUCGAACGCGUCAAUGUCUACUACAAUGAGGCUUCUUGUGGGAGGUUUGUUCCUCGUGCUGUGCUCAUGGAUCUUGAGCUAGGCACCAUGGACAGUGUUCGCACUGGUCCGUAUGGCCACAUCUUCCGCCCUGAUAACUUUGUUUUCGGUCAGUCUGGUGCUGGAAAUAACUGGGCCAAAGGACAUUACACUGAGGGUGCAGAACUUAUUGAUUCAGUUCUUGAUGUUGUGAGGAAGGAGGCCGAGAACUGUGACUGUCUUCAAGGUUUUCAAGUCUGCCAUUCCCUGGGUGGAGGAACAGGUUCUGGGAUGGGUACCUUGCUUUCUUUCUACCCGUGCACCCCCCGAGGGACAGCCACUGCUGUGUUGUUUUUUGAGAAGAGUCAGACAACUUGCAUCGAAAUUCCUCUCUCUCACUUUACUUUUUCAAACCCACAGCUCCUUUUGCUUUCACCACAUGAUCCCCUUUCUUUUCUUUUCUUUAUUUUUCAUUUUCAAACGCACAAUCCUUUUUUUAAUCAACCCACUCAACUUUCUUUUAUUUUAAUAUAUAUCUAUAUAUCUUUAUGUUUCUUAUAAUAUAUUGCACCGACUCUGUCUACUUUUGCACAAACCCAUUUUCUUUUCUUCUUUUCUUUCUUUAUUUAUUUCUUUCUUUUCAUUCCUUUAUUACAUCUAUACCCAUAUCCAUCAUCACCCUCUUUCUUUAUUUAUUUCUUUUAAUCACCUUUUGCACCUCCCUCACCGACUCCCUCACCACAAAAUAGAAUUUUUAUUUAUUUAUCUUAUCUUUUUUGUGUUCCCUUUUUCACAAUAAAAAAAAAAAAAAAAGAAUUCUAUUCCCCUCGACUACAUGUACAAAUAAAGUGGUAAAAAAAUGAGUAUAAUAAUAAGUUAUAAAGAGUCAAUGUAUUCAUGGGAAAAUCCCCCCAUGAUGGAGUUUAUUAAAAUUUUUUGGCUGAUGGAGGGAUCAAAUGGUAUAGUUCAUUUGUUGGUAGCUUGGAGGAUUAAAAGCAUGACUAUUGCUUUCCAAUUGGCUGUUUUUGCAUUAAUUGCUACUUCAUCAAUCUUAUUGAUUAGUGUACCCGUUGUAUUUGCUUCUCCUGAUGGUUGGUCAAGUAACAAAAAUGUUGUAUUUUCCGGUACAUCCUUAUGGAUUGGAUUAGUUUUUCUGGUGGGUAUCCUUAAUUCUCUAAUCUCUUGAACCUAUUCAU